AUGGAAUCUCCAGACAUCAAUAACAUCAACACCAACGAAACCAAACAGCACCUCCGCCAUCUCGUCGACGAAGCAAUCCUCACAAUCACCACCAAAAUCCUCACCAACUACCUCUCCUCCCUCCUUUUAAAUCUUAAUAUCAAUCUUGAUAAAAACCCAACCUCCUCCUCCUCCUCCUCCUCCUUCACUAAAUACAUCUUCCUAGCAAACUUCCUCAGAUCCGAAGAAUCACUUCUAACAUCCCCAUCAUAUGCAUACGCAUCCCCCUCGGCCAACUCCAACUGCAUACUAACACCGAAUGCAAACGCCAUCUCCACAAUCCACAAGAACCCGAGUAUAUUCCCCCACCAUACUCAUUUCUUAACUAUUUUAAAAACACUGGGGAUUACGAUUACAGAUUGGAAUCUUAUACGGUAUUUGAAGUAUUACGAUCCGUUGUUGUUUGGUUGUAGACAUAGAUACAAACAUAAAUAUAAAUAUAAUUAUAGAUAUGAUGGUAUAAAAGAUGGAAAAGAUGGAUACAUCGAUUAUGAAAAGGAAGUAGAAAAGUGUCUGGAACUAUUACCACCGCCGACGGAUGCGGAGUGUACGGAGGGGGUCCUGAGACUUGCGAGGAUUGCUAUGAAGUUUGAGGGUUAUUCGGAUACUUCUCGGCUAGAACAAGCUUAG